GUAGAAGGAGAUACAUAAAAAACUCCCCAAUAAUUCCAGUUGGAAUAGGUAGUGAAAAUGUCCACCCGGCUAGUUUGUAUCAAUGAUUAUGAACAACAUGCUAAAUUGGUACUUCAAAAGUCUGUAUUUGAUUACUAUAGAUCCGGAGCAAAUGAUCAGGAAACCUUGGCUGAUAAUAUUGCAGCAUUUUCCAGAUGGAAGCUGUAUCCUCGGAUGCUCCGGAAUGUUGCCCAAAUAGACCUGUCGACUUCCGUCUUAGGACAGAGGAUCAGCAUGCCGAUAUGCGCUGGGGCCACCGCCAUGCAAUGCAUGGCUCACGUGGAUGGGGAGCUUGCCACUGUGCGAGCCUGCCAGUCACUGGGGACAGGCAUGAUGCUCAGUUCCUGGGCCACCUCCUCAAUUGAAGAAGUGGCAGAGGCUGGUCCCGAGGCCCUUCGGUGGCUGCAGCUAUACAUCUACAAGGACCGGGAGGUCACGAAGCAGCUCGUGCGGCGGGCCGAGCGGAUGGGCUACAAGGCCAUCUUUGUGACCGUGGACACCCCUUACCUGGGCAACCGCUUCGAUGAUGUACGUAACAGGUUCAAGCUGCCACCACAUCUCAGGAUGAAAAAUUUUGAAACCAAUGAUUUAGCGUUUUCGCCUAAGGAAAAUUUUGGGGACAACAGUGGUCUUGCUGCCUAUGUGGCUAAAGCAAUAGACCCUUCUAUCAGCUGGGAAGACAUUAAAUGGCUGAGGAGAUUGACUUCGCUGCCAGUCGUUGCAAAGGGCAUUUUAAGAGGUGAUGACGCCAGGGAGGCAGUAAAGCAUGGUGUGGAUGGGAUCUUGGUGUCAAAUCAUGGGGCUCGACAGCUUGAUGGGGUGCCAGCCACUAUUGAUGCUCUGCCAGAAGUUGUGGAGGCUGUGGAAGGGAAGGUGGAAGUCUUUCUGGAUGGGGGUGUGCGGAAAGGCACUGAUGUCCUCAAAGCUCUGGCCCUGGGUGCCAAGGCUGUGUUUGUGGGGAGACCCAUCAUAUGGGGCUUGGCCUGCCAGGGGGAGAAAGGUGUCCAGGAUGUCCUUGAGAUAUUGAAAGAAGAAUUCCGGUUGGCCAUGGCUCUGAGUGGGUGCCAGAAUGUGAAAGUCAUCGACAAGACAUUGGUGAGGAAAAAUCCUCUGGCCGUUUCCAAAAUCUGACAGUGCACAAUAUUUUCCCAUCUGUAUUAUUUUUUUUUUCAGCAUGUAUUACUUGACAAAGAGACACUGUGCAGAGGGUGACCACAGUCUGCAAUCCCCCACUUCGAUACAAAGGGUGUCGUUCUUCUCCAACAAAAUAGCAAUCCCUUUUAGUUCAUUGCUUUUGACUUUUCAAUGAGUGUCCUAGGAACCUUUUAGAAAGAAAUGGACCUGCAUCCUGGAAAUAUAUUAACUGUUAAAAAGAAAACACUGAAAAUGUGUUUAGACAACGUCAUCUUCUGGCAGGCUAACGUGCUAGAAAACAAAAGAUAUCCUUUGGUAAACCUGGCGGUGGAGAACACUGAGGUAGAAAGAUAAUGAUCUCACUGUUUAUCAAUCUGCAUUGUGUUUAGAUAUUCUUAAACAGUGGUGCUUAAGCUCAGGUUCAAAAAUAGUGAAAAUGCCUGGAGAAAUAUAUUUGGAUUCACAACACUGAGAAGGUAGCACUGGAUAGAAUUGGAAUGGAUGAUGGUAAUUUGUGAAUUUCUAGAUACUUAACACCUUGAUCUAUGCUACUCCUUUGAAUGUAGAUUUCCAAUCACAUUUUUAGCAUCUGAAUAUAUUGGAAUGUUUUAUGAUGUAUACUGCUUUUUAAUCAGAAAGAAAUAAAACAUUUUUUGAAAAGAA